AUGGAAUUCAAUUCGGGUGUUAGUAUGUUUUUACCUGAUUCAAUCGGUCUUAAUGAAAAUGAUUUUGAUGAAGAAGAUCAUGAAGAUAUUGUUCAUGAACAAACAAAUCAAAAUGAAAUUGUUGAAUUGAUUAUGGCUGCUUUUGAAGGGCAUGAAGAACCUUCUGAUGGCGAAGAAGAAGAUGAUGAUGAUGAUGAUGAAUCAUUGAAUACAUCCAAUUCAAGUCAUAUUAUUGUUAAUGAACAUGAACUAUUAAAUACAAAUAAUAAUAAUAAUAACGCUAAUGAACAUUAUAUUCAACAACAACACGAAUUACUUCAUCGAAAUCAUUUAUAUCAACAACCAUUAUAUUCUACUCCAGCUGUCUCUACUCCUCCCCCAUUAGUUCCACCAUCAGCUUCAACAGAUGUUCGUCGAUUUGAUGAUCAUACUCAAUAUACAUAUCCACGUUAUCAACAAUUCGAUGAACAUAAUAAUACUGAACAAGACAUACAAUUUAGUACAAAAAGUUCUGCUCUAGUUCAUUAUCAAAAUUCCAAUCGUCAAACAAAUAAUAAUAAUAUAGCAUCAACAGGUGUUCAAUAUUUUGAUUCAUUACCAACAAUAGAUUUAAUCGAUCCAAUGCAAGCACAAUUUAUGUAUCAAACAUCAUCAAUGAAUUCAUCUGAUACACAAAAUCAAUUAAAUAAAUUUCGUAUUUUAUGUAAUGUUAAAGAACGAAAAAUAAAUGAACUUGAAAAUCGUUUAACUGAAUAUCAUGAAAAAUAUAACAGCGAUUUACGUGUACUUAAACAUAAAAUUGAAUUAAGUGAAAGAGCUAAAUAUGAUUGUGAACAACGUUAUCAAUCAAUAACUAGACAAUGUGAAGAAUUAAUUGAAACAAAUAAUCAAUUACAACGAACAAUUAAAGAUGCAGAAUUAAAAAUUCAACAAUUAGAAGGAAAUAAAACACAACUUGAAAAGAAAUUAGAUGAUGCUGAAUCAUUAAUUGAUUCACUUCAUAGAAAAGUUAAUGAACUACAAAGAUUUGAAUCUAUUGCACGUACACAACAAGAUUGCGAACUUAUUUUAGCAAGUACACGUGAAAAACAUGAACAAGAAAUAAUUAAUCUUAAUGAAAAAUUACAAAUUACUCAAAUGAAUUUACAAGAAAAGGUUUGA